GCGCGGCGGCGAGCGCGCCAUGAGGGCCGACUCGGGACUGCGGCUGGAUGCCCCGCGCCCUCCACGAACCCUUCCUCCUGUGCCAAGUGCUGUUCAAGGUGAUAUUCCACUCAGUCGACCCAAGAAAAAGAAACCCAGAACAAAAACCAUACAAGGCAACACUUCGUUGGAAGGUCUUGUUCAGACUGCUGUUGGUAAGCCAUCUGAGGGCAGUGAACCACCAACUAAAGAAACCAUAGAGCAUCCAGAAGCUUCUGUUCAGAGAAGAUCAAAGAAGACCAAGCUAUCUUUCGAAUCUGAGACUUCCUUAACCCAGAAGAAGACCUCUAGUCCAUCUCCAUUACAAAAUGAAAAUGGUAUUGAGGUGGAGCCCCCCUCUCCAGCUGAGGAGACAGUCGUUCAGAAACCUAGAAGAAAGACAAAGAAAACACGGCCAGCAGAACUGCAAUAUGCCAAUGAGCUAGGAGUAGAAGAUGAAGACAUUAUUACUGAUGGGCAAAGUAAUCCAGAGCAACAGUCUGUGUUCACUGCACCUAUUGGAAUUAGCCAACCUGUAGACAAAGUGUUUGUGGAAAAAAGCCGGCGAUUCCAGGCUGCUGACCGUUCCGAGUUGAUAAAAACCACAGAAAAUCUAGACGUGUCAAUGGAUAUGAAGCCUUCCUGGACCACAAGAGAUGUCGCCCUGUCCGUGCACCGGGCUUUCAGGAUGAUUGGUCUCUUUUCUCAUGGCUUCUUGGCUGGCUGUGCUGUUUGGAAUAUUAUUGUGAUAUAUGUUCUAGCAGGAAAUCAGCUUUCUAACUUUUCAAAUCUUCUGGAACAAUACAAGACUUUAGCAUAUCCAUUCCAGAGUCUUCUGUACUUGCUUUUGGCUCUAAGUACAAUUUCAGCUUUUGACAGGGUAAACUUUGCUAAAACAUCAGUAGUGAUUCGAAAUUUUUUUGCACUGGAUCCAACAGCCUUAGCGUCUUUCUUGUAUUUUACUGCUCUUACACUAUCUCUGAGUCAGCAAAUGACAAGUGACAGAAUCCACCUUUACACACCUUCUUCUGUUAAUGGUAGCCUCUGGACUGCAGGAAUUGAAGAACAAAUUCUCCAGCCAUGGAUUGUGGUGAAUCUGGUGGUGGCACUUCUAGUUGGAUUAUCUUGGCUUUUCCUAUCCUAUAGGCCAAGCAUGGAUCUUAGUGAAGAGCUGAUGUUCUGUUCUGAUGUGGAAGAAUAUCCUGAAAAAAGAUAAAGGAAUAAAGACUCUUCAUAGGACCAACUCAACUUCACUAUAAUAGUGACCCAGUAUUUAGAAUUUUUCUCAGUUUUGUUUUUAAAUGUAUUUUUGUAAGAUAUGGACAGGUAUGUUGGGAAUGGGUUUUUAAAUUAUAUAAUACUAAAAGUUUGGGGUCUGAAACAAUAGUACAGCAGGUAGGACACUUACAUGCCCAGUCAGUCUGGUUUU